AUGGGAAAUUCUAAGAGUAAGAAAAUGAAAAUUUCUACCGACACGACUGUCGAAGAAUCUCACGAACGUAUAAAUACUAUAAAGACCGAAUCUCUGGAUAACGCGAACAAAAAUAAUGAAGUGGAAAUUGCCUCGGAGCAAAUUGAGGAGAAAAAUAAUGAUAAUGCAAGCAGUGCCUCGACAGUGGAAGUGUUGGACGAUAAGUGA